GCGGGGCGGUACUUCCGGCGGGGAGCACGGCUGCUGGAGGAGAGGUGCCUGGGGGAAGCUCACACUGUGAUCAGAGCUGACUAUCAUCAACAUGCCUCACAAUUUUAAGCCGGGAGAUCUGGUGUUCGCCAAAAUGAAGGGCUAUCCCCACUGGCCUGCACGGAUUGAUGAUGUGAAAGACGGAGCAGUGAAACCCCCACCCAACAAGUACCCUAUAUUUUUCUACGGUACCCACGAAACAGCUUUCCUGGGAGCAAAGGAUCUUUUCCUAUAUGAAAAGUACAAAGAUAAAUAUGGCAAGCCAAAUAAAAGGAAAGGAUUCAAUGAGGGUCUUUGGGAAAUUCAAAGUAAUCCACAGGCCAGCUACAGAUUUCCUCCGCCAUCCACAAACUCUUCAGAUAAUGACGUACCACCCGAGAAAGGUGAUGAUGAAGAAGAAAGUAUCCCUCCAGUUCCUGUUACUGGUGGAACAUCAAGUGAAGAUGAGGGUAGUGAAAAGCAGGAAGUUAAGCCUACAAAGUCUCCUCCCAAACACUCCUCCAGUGAAGUUGAGGCAGACAGUGUUUCUUCAUCUGAAGAGGAAAACUCUGACAGUGACAAGGAUUUUACCCCAGAGAAAAGCGCAUCCCGGGCCCAAAUAAAGACAACAAGUUCAAGGCGAAAGGCCAAGAUUGUGGCAGAUUCUGACUCCGAGUCAACAUCUGGCUCUGGUGAAGCAAGUAAUCCAAAGCAACGGUCUUCAUCGUCGUCAUCAUCAUCAUCAUCUUCUGAGAAACCUGUAAAAAAGGCGCCAAAAACUGCAAGAGCAUCAGGAAAACCUGGCCCUAAACCCAGAGCACGAAUGCCCAAAGCACAGCAGUCUCCAAGUUCCAGCAGUGACAGCGAUAGCUCCCCAGACAGGAUCAGUAACUGGAAGAAGCAGGAUGAAGAAAGACGCCGGGCACUGGAAGAGCGUCGCCAAAAGGAGCAAGAGGAGCAAUUGCGUCGUCUAAGAGAGGAAGAAAAAGAAGAAGAGGAGAAAGCAAGGAGGGAAAAAGCGCUAAAAGCAGAACAAGCAGACAGUGAUAGUGACAGCAUAAAGAGUGAAAGUCGAGAACUUUCAAAACCGGGAAAGAGGCCUCGUUCAUCUUCUGAUUCUGAAAAAGAAGAGAAAAUUAAGAAAACAUCAGCAAAUACUAAAAAAGAGGCACGAAUGAUGGUGUCCGAUUCUGAUAGUGAUAAGAAGGUAAAGAAGACAGUAAAAAAGCCACGAGCUGCAGAAACUGUUAGAAAGACAAAUCAGAAAGAGAAACGGGGAGACCGGCCAAGAGGAAGACCACCAAAAGCUGAAAAAGCAAAGAAAAAGCCUGAUAUAAUAAGUGACCGAAAAGUGGAGAAGAAGGAGCCCACUGUGGAGGAGAAACUUCAGAAGCUGCACAGCGAGAUCAAGUUCGCAUUGAAAGUGGACAGUCCUGAUGUACACAGAUGUUUAGAUGCCCUGGAGAAGCUUGGCAGUCUUCAGGUGACUUCUCACAUUCUACAGAAGAAUACCGAUCUAGUGGCCACACUUAAGAAGAUCCGUCGAUAUAAAGCUAAUCAGACUGUCAUGGACAAAGCUGCUGAGGUUUACAGUCGAAUUAAAACUCGAAUUCUUGGCCCCAAAAUGGAGAAUCAGCAGAAAGUGAAUGAAAGCGAAAACAGCACAGGAAAGAGUCCGCUUGUUGAUCAGCCAAGCAAGGAGCAAGAUGGAGCCUCCCCAUUGAAUGGAGAUUCUGUGUCACAAAAGAAUGAAAAUGGAGGAGACAUGAAGACAGAAGAGGAGGAACAGAAUCCCACCACUAUCCAGAGUCCAGAGAAUGAACACAACCAUGGGGACCUACCGGAAGAAGAAGUCAACCCAAGUCCCAUCUGCGAGACCCCGACAAGCUGAGAAUUUUACAUCCGUUAAAGCUGCAGAUGUUCCUGCACUGGGAAAUUACAGGGAAUACAGAUCUUAUCCCUUUUACUCUUAAAUAGUUUGUAUCUGUCAUUUUUUGUUCAGUAGUUUUUUGUUUCGUUUUUUUUUUGUUUUUGUUUUUUUGUUAAUGAGCUUCUAUAAAUUGAUCAUAAAUUGUUUUUUUUUAAAACCUG